GGAAGUACCGCUUUUGCGCUGAGACGGAGAGGCCUAGGAGGGUGUGAAUGAGGCCCGAGGGGCUGUUGUGGAAGACGGGUGAGCCUGUGAAUGCCGCCGCCGGGAGGAAGGAGAGGACGGCGGGAGGCCAAGACCAUCGGGGGCGGGACUGACCAGAUCGAGGAGGCCGUCAGUAUCAGCCGAGGGAGGGAAGACGUUGCCCAUGGAUGAACUGCAUGAUUUGGCCUCAGCCCUAGAGCAGACCUCUGAACAGAACAAGCUGGAUGAGUUGUGGGAAGAAAUGACUCUGAGUCCUAGGCAACAACGGCGGCAGCUGCGCAAGAGACGUGGCCGCAAACGGCGUUCAGACCUUACACAUCAGGCGGAACACACUUGCUGCUAUAGUGGGGCCUCUGAAUCCAGCCUAGAUGAAGCUGUGGAAGAUUGUCGGGAAGUGCUAACAGCCAACUUUAGUGAUUCGGAUGACAUGAUGGGAGUCAAACGUCAUCCAGCACUUAGUGGAACUCUCAAGAACAAGCAGCACUCAUGGCAUGAGUCAGACUCAUUCACUGAGAAUGCACCUUGCCGGCCACUCAGACGUCGUAGAAAAGUUAAGCGUGUGACAUCAGAGGUGGCUGCCAGCCUUCAGCAGAAACUUAGAGUGUCAGAAUGGAGUUAUGAAAAAGGUUGCAGGUUCAAAUCUGCUAAGAAACAGCGCUUGUCUCGGUGGAAGGAGAAUACCCCCUGGACGUCGUCUAGCCGAGCGCUCUGUGAAUCAGCAGAGACCAGGGCCUUCCUCAGCAAGGGGGGAAGGAAUGAGAGGAUGGAGUGUGAAGCAGAUGAACAGAAACAGGGUUCUGAUGAAAAUAUGUCUGAAUGUGACACCAGUAGUGUAUGCAGUAGCAGCGACACUGGCCUGUUCACGAACGAUGAAGGCCGCCAAGGAGAUGAUGAGCAGAGUGACUGGUUCUACGAGGGAGAAUGCGUCUCCGGCUUCACUGUCCCGAACCUUCUGCCCAAGUGGGGCCCUGAUCACCGGUCAGAUGUGGAGCGAAUGGACUCCAGCCUUGAAAAAGCUUCAGAUCCAACAUUCCUUCUGCCUUCUCGGCCUGCUACAGGAGGGUUUCAUGGCCGUUUGAACCGCCUUCCCAGUGUUGCUUCCCGUUGCCUCAGAAAGGGCCGCAGACGGUUAAUUGGCAAGGAAACCAUCAUGAGUGCUAUUGGCACUGAGCGGAUUAGCCACAUCAUUGGUGAUCCAUGCCAAAAAGAUUUCUGGUUGCCGUCCGUGGGAAUGAGGUGUCGCAACCAGUUUAAUCCACUCUCUCCUCUGUACUCCUUGGACGUUCUCUCUGAUGCCUCUCAUCGAAGGUGCUCACCAGCCCAUUGCACAGCCAGGCAGACUAAUAUCCACCUAGGACCUCCGUGCUCAAGGGACAUCAAGAGGAAGCGAAAGCCAGUAAUGGCAACAUCCUCCCUUUCCAGCCCAGCCUCAGCAGCUUUAUCCAUCCACAUAGAUGCAUCAGACCCUGGUACACCUGUGACACACUCCCAGAGACACCAGAACUGACUGGACAAGCCAGAGUCCUUUCAUUGGAGAAAAGUCCCAUUGUUACCCAAGACAGCUCUUUUGAAAUGCCAUCAGAGAAAGUUCUUGACUGCUCCUGACUGGAGGCAGCUCUUCCUUUGGAGAACCAGUUGGAUGUUCUGCUUGUUGGACUUCGGAGUCUGUCAGUAUCUUUAUCAACGGCCUUGAUUGGCAGUAGCCAUCUCUUCAGUGUUAGCAUGUGAUUCUAUCCUCUGUCGAAACAAUGUGUUUACCCCACACGGUGUUGAAAUCAUGUUUGUAAAAAUGUCUAACUGAUGCUGGGGUUUCCACAUUUUCAGUCCUAUUUCGGAGUAAGUAUUUACCAUAAAACUCCUUUAAUGCAAUUAUUAAUUUCUUAAGAACUGUGAAGUGAUACAACUCUGUAAGAAGUAUUGGUAACACUGGUUCUGAUGUGUUCACACAUGAAUCAAUGACAUCAGAUAGCAACUGGAGGAGGUGGGUGACCACAAGCUGACUGCUCAUAAAUCAUAGGCUCCUUCCGCACAUGCAGAAUAAUGCACUUUCAAACUGCUUUCAGUGCUCUUUGAAGCUGUGCGGAAUGGCAAAAUCCACUUGCAAACAGUUGUGAAAGUGGUUUGAAAAUGCAUUAUUUUGCAUGUGCGGAAGGGGCCAUAGAGUUGGAAGAGACCACAAGGGCCAUCAGGUCCAACCCCCUGCAGUACAGGAAAACCCAUGUCCUGGAAUUUCACCAGGUUGCUUUCCAUGUUGAGGUUUCCACCUUUUCUGCUGACCCCACAGCUCCUAUGAGAAACAUGAUUCCUUAUCCAUUCAAGUCUUUUAUACAUCUCCAGUGUAACUGGGAGAUGUUCUGCCCUCAGUAGUGCCACAUCACUUCCAGCUGAGCCAGUCAUGCUAUGGAACCAUCACUGAACCCCCAUCCUCCAUUUGUUAUUUAAGUAAAUGACAUCCAGGACAGGUUGUGCUAUAAUUGAAUAGCUUUAACUGAUGCAUAAUUGUAUUGCACACUAAUCGCCACACUUGUCAGCUGUUGCUGGAGACGUGCACAAAAUAUUACUGGAUAUUUCAGAUAUCUAUUUUUUUUGCAAAGUUCUUUAUCCCUCAGAUGUUAUCAGCUCUAAAGUCGUGUGUUCUACAGGAAAGAUUCUGAUGACAGUGCUUUGGGGAGGUAGAGCCCAUGUCUUUGGCAAGCAUAAAGGCUGAAAAUAAGCCAGUGGAAAUCUGAUUAGAACAGAAGUUCAAAGAGGAUAGAACAUGUUAUCUGAAUAGAAUGGCAUGAAGUUGUGCAUUGGGAACAUUCCCAAAGGCUACUUGUUGGCCCAAAUUUUGAGGGAAUAGACUGGCUUUGCCCCCCUCAGGAGUGACUGUUGGCCUCCUGAAAUUACAGUUCCCCUUCUGGAUUUUUCUUCCUGUGUCACUGGGGUAUCCUAAUAGUGAUUUUUAAUUAGGGUUCCUUUUCUGUGGCCUUGUUUCAUGAUGCAGAAGUCAGUGGAACCAUAAAUACACAGUCCGGGCUAUCAUGUGGGAGGCUCUGCAAUAUAGAAUCCUUAAAACACAUGCCAGUGAAAAGGUCUGCCAAUCAUUCUCUUCUGGAAGUUCUUGCAAAAACUCUGCUGAAGGUAUUAAGUUGAGGUCUACGUGUUGCAGUUCUUUUAAAUAUCUUUUAAAUGUCUCUCAGAGCGGUGUUUGUACAGGUAGGAUCACUUAAUUGAUCCUCUUCAAACUAAAACGUUUCCUGUAAUAUAGUCUCUCCCCUGGACAGUACUAAACGGGGAAAAGUGCUGUAUUUAAUUCUACAUUACCAAUAGCAUUGUAUUCACUACAGUGUAGGUCUAGGGUGUAGUGCCUUUCCCCCUCUCCAGCAGCCUUUCUUUUCAUUGCUACCCACUUUGGUACCUCUGAGCAAGUCAAAAUCAAGUUUUACGAACCUUGACAACCAUGUACCCAGGAUUUGGGGGGGGGGGGGGGGUCCUGUUUACUGUUGGUACUGCUGGACCUCCUGGCACUUCUGUUCAAGUGCCGAUUGAAAUGCAUCAACUUAGUAGCCCUCUGAACAAUCUUACUCGGAGUCACAUGUACCAUUGGCAAGGACACAUGGCGAUGGUUGUGUCUGAUACAAUUCCUCCGAAAUGUUGACUUUGGACUUUACCAAGUGACGCCAAGAUCUGGCAAAACUCUCCAUUCUCUCCUGGAAUAUCUCUCUGUUUGCAAUGUGUUAUCUUUUUUUUCUUAGCAGUGGUGGGGUGCUCUUCUUUCUUGCAUGGUCUGCUUGAACUCUCCUUCAGAUUUUAUUUCAUAAAAUGUGCUUGAAUGCAUGGUAGACAGUCAAGCAUUUCAUCUUGGUUUGGAUCCCAUUGGGUGAAUGGCAGUUGUGAAGGGAAGAAGAGAGCCCUGCUGAUCAGAUGAGGAGUCUAUCUAGUCCAGCAUCCAGUUGGCCGCUGUGGCCAGCCUUGUGCCUUCAGGGUAUAAGACUAGCACAAAAUGGAACCACAGACCUGAACUGCUUCUUGUGGGCACAUGGAGUCCCCUCAUGGGAAACAAAUCAAACCUGCUUAGAUGAUUGUGAGUGAAGGCUUAGUAUGUUUCAGUUGCUUUUAAAACAGUUUUGAUUUCUUUGGCUUGUAGUACACACACAAAAAUAGACACCAUGAUGCGGGCAUAAAAAUGUAUUAAGUAUAAAAAUAUUAAAUUGCAAUUCUGUAAGCCACCAUCAAUUAUAUUGAUGGAUUUUGUUACAUGUGAUAUACUCAUAUUAUCAAAUAAUGUAGAACAGCUCACCUAUGCCUUAUUAGUUACAUUAGCCUGUGCCUGAGCCAUUAACACCAAUCUUUAAUCCUGGCAUAAAUUCUUUGCUAUGUAAACACUUAUUGUGUUUUUGAUGACGUUCAAAUUGAUGUUGUGAGUACCCUUUGAUUGGUGGGGGAUGCAUGCUUAUUUGGGUUCUCUGAGAAUUUAUAAGGGAGCUUGGGAGAGCCACCAUUAUGUUGCUUGUCACUUGGGUUGCAUCACACCCCCAGAUCUCCUGUGCAGGCCCUAUUUAAAUGAACAAGAGCCAUCUUUUUGUGUGGUGUACAGUUUUGAACAUAUCUGUGGUGCAUCAUAGUAGUAACCAGUGACCUCCAGAUCUUGAAAAGUUCAUUAUUCUUUCUUUGAUCUAUUUCUUGGGUACAGAACCAGUUGUGAGUGUGUGAAAAAAACCUCACUAUCACAGAGCUGAAUAAGUGGGACUGAGUUGCAGCUUCACUAGUUCUUCAAUUUGAUGAACUGUUCUCUUGAUUUUAUUUCAUUUUUCCAUACAGUGUCUAUGAAACAAAAACCUUUUCCUAAUUGCUUUAAGGAAUCUAGGAAAAGGCACUAGUGCUAUACAUCAAUAGCUUCUCUUUGAAACUUUCUCUUCCUUUUUAAAGAGUUAUUGUAAGAAUGUAGAAAGGUUCUGUUGGUGUGCAUAGCCACCACUUCACUUACAGGAUGCCCAAUUCUCAAAUACUAUGAAUAUUUGCCGAGCAUCUGAAUCUCACUAGCAGGACUCUGUGAAUUUUGCGCACAUUAAAAUUCAAAUUCAAACCACAACUCUGUGAAUGGGAUAUAAAUAACACACAUUGUCCAAACUUCUUUUGUUUUGAUUUCCCUUUUGAAUGCAGAUUUUUUUAAAAAAAUGUUUUCCAAGAUGGUAGUGGUAGGGAUAAUGUGGCACCAGUCAAGUCCGUAAAAGACCUGGAUGGCAAUAGCUAUAUUUCUAAAAUGUGUAUGUGAUCACACAACUGUGGAGAUCAUGGGACCCUGUAUAUAAAUGCUGAGAAAUGACACGCUUGUGAGAAGUAUAGAUUUUUCAAGCUACAUUAUAUGCACUUGAGUAUUCCUUGCGAUUUUAACUUUUGCGCCAUACAUUGCGACUGGAAACAGAAUAUCUUGUAACUUUUUUUGCGGCUGUCAAAAGUCACAUCUGACUUACGAUGAUCCUGUAGGGUUUUCAAGGCAAGAGACCUUCAAGGGGGGUGGUUUGCCACUGCCUGCCUCCACAUCAUGAUCUUGGUAUUCCUUGGAGGUCUCCCAUCUCAAUACUAGCCAGGGUCGGGGAUGAGAGUGCGUAACUGGCCCAAGGUCCCCAGUAAGCUUCUAUGGCAUAAGUGGGAAUUUGAGCCUGGGUUUUCCAGGUCCUUGACAAGCAACUUAACCGCUACAUCACCAGACUCUCUUAGUGCGGUCAAGUUGCAGUUGACUUGUGGUGACCCUUUGUGGAGUUUUCAAGGCAUGAGACUAACAGAGGUAGUUUUCCAUUGCCUUUCUCUGCAUAGCAAUCCUAAUAUUCCUUAGUGAGCCGCUUGGCUGA